AUGCCAGAUUUACCACUUCACCCCGUGAUCGUCACAGUGUCAGUGAUGGCCCAACCUAAAGUGGGCUUCAUGGAGGAAGAGGUAAUCAUUCAGUCAGCUGGGAAAUACGUGGAGUUAUCCUGUCGUCUUGACAUCAUGAACCUGCAAUUUUUGUGCGUGUUAUCAGAGGAGAGGUGGAAACGCCACCUGCCCUCUUCUGGGUUUGAGUCGUCUUCCAGGCUGACGUCAAGGAUGUCGAAUGCAUACUCUGUCUAUGAUGAAGACAUCGGCUAUUGCCAGGGACAGUCUUUCCUUGCAGCUGUGCUUCUGCUUCAUAUGCCGGAGGAGCAGGCAUUCUGUGUAUUUGUGAAAAUAAUGUAUGACUAUGGCUUGAGGGACCUCUACAGAAAUAACUUUGAAGAUCUCCAUUGCAAAUUUUUCCAGCUGGAGAAGUUAAUGCAGGAGCAGUUACCAGACCUGUUUAGCCAUUUCUCAGACCUCAAUUUGGAAGCUCAUAUGUAUGCAUCCCAGUGGUUCCUCACUCUUUUCACUGCCAAGUUUCCACUCUGCAUGGUCUUCCACAUCAUUGACUUACUACUCUGUGAGGGUAUGAACAUAAUCUUCCAUGUAGCCUUGGCUCUUUUAAAGACCUCAAAAGAGGACCUUCUACAAGCUGAUUUUGAAGGAGCUUUAAAAUUCUUCAGGGUUCAGUUGCCCAAGAGGUACAGAGCUGAAGAGAACGCCAGAAGACUGAUGGAACAAGCUUGCAACAUUAAGAGAUUAAUGAUUCACAGCAUCUCUGUGAAGCAGGAUUUUGUCGUCUCCCAUUCGGAGGAGGUCAAGCUGAAGCAGACGGUGAAGCUGUACACUCAGUCACAGCUAACUCUGGCUGUACGAAAAGGAAAAGUGUCAAG